CCCUCCAUCACCAUGCCUUACAGCUGCUCCCUGCCCAGCCUGAGCUGUUGCUCCAGCUGCUUCUCCCGGCCCUGCGUGCCCCCCAGCUGCCACGGCUCCACCCUGCCCGGGUCCUGCAACAUCCCCGCCAAUGUGGGCAACAGCAGCUGGUCCUGCGAGGGCUCCUUCAAUGGCAACGAGAAGGAAACCAUGCAGUUCCUGAACGGCCGGCUGGCCAGCUACCUGGAGAAGGUGCGCCAGCUGGAGCGGGAGAACGCGAAGCUGGAGUGCCGCAUCCGGGAGUGGUACGAGUCUCAGAUCCUGUACAUCUGCCCAGAUUACCAGUCCUACUUCCGGACCAUCGAGGAGCUCCAGCAGAAGGUGAGGGGGUGGCAGUCUGACAAUGCCAGGCUGGUGGUGCAGAUUGACAACACCAAACUGGCCUCAGAUGACUUCAGGACCAAGUAUGAGACAGAGGUGUCCUUGAGGCAGCUGGUGGAGGCAGACCUGAACAGCCUGGGCAGGAUCCUGGACGAGCUGACCCUGUGCAAGUCUGACCUGGAGGCCCAGGUGGAGUCCCUGAAGGAGGAGCUGAUCUGCCUCAAGUAGAACCAUGAGCAGGAAGCCAACUCCCUGCGGAGCCAGCUUGGAGACCGCCUCAAUGUGGAGGUGGACGCCGUCCCCACCGAAGACCUGAACCGCGUGCUCAACGAGACCAGGUGUCAGUACGAGGCCCUGGUGGAGAGCAACCGCAGGGAUGUGGAGGAAUGGUUCACCAGGCAGACCAAGGAACCGAACAGGCAGGUGGUGUCCAGCUCGGAGCAGCUGCAGUCCUACCAGCUGGAGAUCACUGAGCUGAGACGCACGGUCCAUGCCCUGGAGGUGGAGCUGCAGGCCCAGCACAACCUGAGAGACUCUCUGGAGAACACCCUGACGGAGAUAGAGGCCCGCUACAGCGCCCAGCUGGCCCAGGUGCAGUGCCUGAUCGGCAAAGUGGAGGCGCAGCUGGCGGAGAUCAGGAGGGACCUGGAGCGGCAAAACCAGGAGUACCGGGUGCUGCUGGAUGUCCGGGCCCGGCUGGAGGGUGAGAUCAACACAUACCGGGGGCUGCUGGAGAGCGAGGACUGCAAGCUCCCCUGCAACCCACGUGCCACAGCCAAUGCAUGUGAAAAGCCCAUUGGGCCCUGCGUCUCCAAUCCUUGUGACCCACACACUUGGUGUGGGCCUUGCAACACCUUUGUGCACUAG